CGAGUCACUACCGACGUCACUUGUCAGUCAGCGCGACUAAAGUAGCUUCCUCCCAAAAAGCCGCUUCCCGAAACCCGCCGCGCGCCGCCGCUGCGCUUAUCCAAGCACCUGCAGCCAUCUCGAGUCGCCUCUCUCUCUCUCUUUCUUCGCCCUCGACGCAUGGCAAUGGCGAAUCGGUAACGCUGUUGUUGGUCGCAUCGCUCGACCCCUUACCCCGUACUAUCGCACGCCCCGCGCGAGCCACCUAAUCCAUAUCGAACCUCCCCGAAGCGCAUGGCGCCUGGACAAGCAUGGCGCUUCCCACCUUCUCCUUCGUCGCCGGCCUUCUUGUCCUGGUCUACCUCUCGACCUUUGUCAUCUUCGCCGUCCUCCGCAUCCUUACUGGCAUCUCCAUACAACGCAUUGGCUGGUACGGGCUGCGGCGCAUCUCCUUCACCCCCAAGGAUGGCAUUCGGAUCGACCUCCGCGGAUUGAGGCUAUCUCUGCAUAGGCCCACUUUUGCGCAGCCUACAUACGUCAGCAUUGUCUUGGAGGAAUUGAAGGUCUCCCUUGACCAAAAGGCAUUGAAUGCGGCCAAGCCGACCCGCCCGCCGGGGGCUGGCCUCGCCAAUGGAUCAUCGGAAAAAGUAGAGGAAAAUGGUCGUCUGCAGGGGGAAAAACAACCAAAAGCAAAUGAUGGGAAGAAGAAGAGGAGUGAAACAUGGCAGAAAUUGACGGAAGUCAAGGAGCGCAUCAAGAAGCUGCACCGGCAGCUCGACUGGAUCCGGAUGGUCGACCUUGUCGCAACUACAACCUCUGUGGUCAUCAAGGAUGUAGGUUCGGUCCAGGUUGCGCAGUUCAGCGCAGCCGUUGACACAAGGCGGAAAAUGGUCGACCGCACCCGUCUUUUCCAGCACCGGAGGGCCAAGGCGGAAGACCAGAGCCCGGCCGAGUGGAUCUUCUCCGUGCGGAACAUCUUGUUCAGCCCCGAGGGACAAGAAUCGACGGAAAUUUUGGAUCAUCUAACACUUAAUAUUCAUGGCCUGCUUUUCAAGGACUUGGAUGGACUCCGCGAUGCAUCAAUUGCUCUCAAGCUGGGCCGCCUCAACUUGCCAGUCGAUGACAUCCACAACUCCCUUGAGCGGAUGAAACGGAUCCAAAAAACACACAGCAGGAAUGAAACCGUUGGAGUCGACUCCAAGUAUUCAUUCGAUGAUGUUAUGGAAGAGUUGGACAACCCUGGCAGCCGAGAGGACGACAUCGUGCAAACGGUGUCCGAUUCAAAGGAGUUUGUCAGUUCGAUCUUGCGCGGAAUCCAGGAAGUCCAAUUUGCUGUCAGCUUUUUUGGCCUCACGAAGCGAAUUCGUGCCGGGAACGCCAAGGAGCGCCCGGUCUUCCUCAAUAUGUCAAUGAAAGAAGUUGGUUUUGACUUGUUGCGUCUUGAUCCACGCAGCCCAGCCCAUCUAAUGUAUUUCUCUCCUCAAGACAUAGCCCAUCAGGCUCUGCUUGCGGCCAUUGCCAUCUCCGUCGGAAUCGACCAUGGACAAGAUCACCCGGAGAGGCUCUUGUACAUACCCAUGGCCACUACGACUGUCAAAACUACACUACCAGCGAAAACCAUCCAGUUUGAUAGAGAUAGGAACGUCGCGGAGAAGAACACCAACAUCCUUUUUGCAAACUUGGUCGUUACGUCUCCAUCGCUCGACCUCGACCCCAAGCAUCUUCCUUUAAUAAUGGCGCUGCUUCAGAAACCGGAACGCCGGAGGCCACCCCCGGCGAGCCGUUCGCCAAAGAAUUCGGAACUGAUUUCUCGCCUUUUGCCCAAGGCAAAUGUAAAGAUUUCGGUCCAUGAGCCUGUCAUUAGGGUGACUUUGCCCCCGACGGAGCCGGAGAAGAAAGACACAGACGAGUUUGAUUUGUUGAUCUCGUCCAUGUCUUCCAUAUCCCUUGAUUUGGAGUCAUCGCACUCUGCGGGCGGCGAAUUGCACUACUCUUUGGGCAGUCACCUGCGUGUAGCAUCUCAUCAGCUUUAUUAUCAAACUGCAUCCAGCGUGAAGCACAACCUCUUGCUCACUGACGCUGCGGAGGCCAAACUAUCGUUGGACGCUUCUCCGCAUGUCUCUGUGGUUUUGGCUCUGAACUUCCAGACGUUCUCGAUCUACAUGCUCCGACCAGAGAUUAGCGAAGGUGUGCGCCAGAUCGUCACCCAACUCCGCAGUUCCGAGUCAGAGUUUGCUGGCCGAUCAUCGCCAAAGUCGCAGUCGAACUUUUUGCGUAAACUUCCUAAGUGGCUCAAUCAUAUCGAAGUGCAAGGAUCCGAUUUCAACGCAGAAAUCGCAGGCAUUGAUCCGGAUGUAUCGGAGCACUCUCGAGGAAUCGCGGUCCAUUUGGACUCUUGGCGGGCCGAGUACAAGGCAGACAAGUCUGAAGAAUCUGCUGCUCGCCUUACGCGCCGUCGUGCUACGAGCAGGAACGUCCCUACGGAGAGUCAGAUUUUGAGAGCGGCUUCGCCUUCUUCCCCGACUGAUACAUCUGUGCCGACCCCGCGAAAGAGGAAGGUUACCGAAACAGAUGGUCGCCGGCUUGCGGUGCACAUCCAAGGACUGGAAGGCUUCGUCAUUGAGUCGUGGGAUUCACGAGAAGAGGAGUCUUUCCUCAAACUCCCUCGGUUUGAAGCGGCCUUUACCACGUCUACCGACCAUCAAGGACCCGUGUUCCACAUCAACUGUCAUGCCAAGGCUCUUUUCGUUAAUUACUCGCUGUAUCGCCACUUUGCGAUCGGCGUCGCCCUUAUGGUGCUUCAAAGAGCUCUCGCCAAACAGCAUUCAGACCGUGUAUCUGGUCCUGCCAAGGAAGCCAAAACCUCAUCUCACCAGGCUCAUCUUUCAGUACCAGAACUCGAAGAUGAGGCAUCGCCGCUGUCGCCUAUCAAGCCUGAAGUUGUUACCUUUGAUCUGAAGGUGAUGUUUCUGCAGGCCAAGGCCACAAUGCCGGAGGAUCCGCCGCUCAUGCUCCAACUCCAUGGCCUCGAGGCUGGCCGUCACAGAUGGGCGACACCGUUCGUCCGUGCACAGCUUACGCGCCUGUACACUGAAGCGCCUGGCCUGAAGAAGAUCUGGGCACGCAUGGUUACCGUCAAGGGCCUGCGGCUCGACCUCAGGAAGGCGAGAAGAAAGACUGGGACCACGGUCGUUGAAGAAAAGUCGAUAGACGUCAACACCGAUGCGAUCAGAAUUGCUGUACCCCAUCAGUUGACAGUCCACAAGGUCUUCGACAACAUCACGAACACCAUAAAGACAGUUGAGCAGCUUCACCAUCGCUUCCAGACGCAAUCGAAUGAGUACGUUCUUGAUAAGCCACCGGAGGCUCCGAAGAAGGUGCCCAAGGUUUCUAUUCGAAGCCAAGCGCUUCUCUUUGAGAUUGAAGAUAGCGGUUUUGAGUGGAAGCUGGGUACUAUCUACCGUCUGGGUCUUUUGGAGCAAAAGCAAAGAAUUGCCAGGGAAGAAGCCUUCGAAGCCAAAGUCAAGAAGCUUUCGGAAACUGACAGACGCCGUCCAGCCGGCCGAGCGAAAUCUGCGCAUCAGCCUCGUGGACGGAGUCGACAAAGGAGAGGAACCGACAGUGAAAGACGCAGCCAGAGCUUGGAGCGUGAGGGUCGCCCGGGAACUUCGAGAGAGCGCGGUCGUCGUAUGCGCUACAAUCCCGAUGGCACUUGCGACCUGAGCGAUGACGCCCGAGUUCACGUUGAGCAAGCUAGAGAGAAGCUGAACAGGCUCCACGCCCAAAGCUGGAAGAAGAGGAUCGACACAGGUCUGAAGAAUCAGACCAAUUCCAUUCGCGACAUACGAGCAGCGUUCUGGGGUGUGGAUGAUAUGCCUGAAGAAGUUGGCCACAAAGAGACGAUUCUGUCGAUCCCACAGAGGCCAGCCCUGGCAGCUCUUCUCAUUAGCGACCUCAGCAUUGUUCUCGAUAAGCCUUCAUUCCCUCUGGAGCUGUAUCCCGAGUACAUUUACCGGAUCGGCAAGGGAAUGCCGAAGGACAUGAAGUAUUCUCUUCUGAUACCCAUGAACCUACAAGUUAGCAUGGGCGAAGCCCGGAUGAACAUGCGGGACUACCCUCUGCCUCUGCUGCAUGUGCCGGCAAUCAAAACUGGCCAGUCGAUGCGACUUCCAAGUCUUACCUUGAAGUCAGACUUCAUCAUCGCCGAAGAGUACAGAGAUUCGGAGUCAUCACGGAUGAUUGAGGUCGAAGUUGUGCCACCAGAGACCCUUGACACGGGAGAAAAAACCGGCGGCUUUGCUGUCAACGUCCGCCGUACGAUUGCGCCGGUCAAGAUGUACUCUGAUAUGAAGGUCGAAGUCAACACAAGCCAACCGACGAGGAUUACCUGGGGUGCUUCUUAUCAACCCGCCGUUCAAGACAUGAUGCAGGUGAUUGAAGGCUUCUCGAAGGCGGCCAUGGAUCCUUCUGAGAAGGUCGGUUUCUGGGACAAGAUCCGCCUGUCGUUCCACUCCGAAAUCAACGUCGCGUGGAAGGGAGACGGAGAUGUUCACUUGCUCCUGAAGGGUUCUAGGGAUCCGUACAAGGUCACAGGUGACGGUGCUGGUUUCGUCAUGUGCUGGCAGAACGAUGUUCGCCUGAACGUCUGCCAAGAAGACGACCCCAAGAAGUUUAUCACUGUGGAUAGUGGAGUCUGCGUACUUGCAGUACCGGAGCUGAGCCACUACGCGCGGCAAGUGGAGCAAGAAGAAUCUGAUACGGAUAGCUUGGCUAGCGGCUCGAACAACAGUUUGAAGCAGGGUACAUCCUUCAGAAAGACAGUCAUGAAGCUAUCCGGAAAUGUGAGAUGGCUGUUCGGACUUGUCUUUGAGCGUAACGAAGAUGACGGCAGACGAUCAUUCGAGUUCUCACCCCACUACAACGUUAUCCUGAAGCAUCCCGACCAUGCGAAACCUUUCGAAGGCCAACCUCACGAUGCUUUCCGGGGCUUCCGCAGUCAUCACAUCCACAUGUCCGUUGGUAUCGCGGCUCCACACGAUCGGGACUGGUCGGUAGCAAACACAAAGGCGUCGACGAACUACAACAGUCUCCACCUUACUCCACGCAUCUUCAGUCACUUCUACAGCUGGUGGUCCAUGUUCUCUGGCGCCAUGUCUCUACCUGUCCGUCAAGGUGCGCUCUUCCCAGGUGUCGAGAAGUCAAGCAAAAAGUUUGGCCGUCAUCUCGCCACGAUGAAGCUGGGUGUUCUUCUGUCGCCGCUGUACUUGAGCCAUAUCUACAAGCAUAAGGAUCCAGAUGACUACGGGCAAGCCGUGGUAUCUGCCACGGGCUUGAAGGUGCGGUUGGAUAGCUUCAUGCUUGAUCUCCACAUGAGGAGAGAAGAGUUCCAAUUCCAACCACCAGGGACCAAGGAAACCACUACGACCACAGGCAUGCGCAUCAACCAAGUCCAGCUGGACUUCAUGUCGGCGGAUAUCAGAGCCGUCUCGGCAAGCAUUAAUGGCACCGAUAGCGUAGAUUUGGAAGAAGCAACAGAGGAGACAUUGGCUUCUUACCAGCAGCAAGAUUCGCCGAAGGUGGAUCUGUCCAAGUUUACGAUUCCCGACAACGACCUUUCAUGGGUUGAUAUGGAUGACUUCGUAGAAUUGGAUUGGAUAUUGCCCGCUGAGGCAAACCCUGAAACCAAGAUCUUGCCGUUGGCCUUCGCGCCCCGGUUCACGUACUUCAGGCAGACGGACCAUCAGGAUCACAUUUCUGGAGAUCCUCACAGAUCGAGUCCUUUCGGGAACGAGCCAACUCACUUCUGCGUCAUGUCCAAGCAGAACGAUCCUCGCCGCGUCCAAUGCGAACUCAUUGCUGAGCGUCUGCAGAUUGUCCGCGACAACAUUGAACAAAACCAACGGGCCAUUGGCGAGCAGCAACUCAGGAUCUUGCGCGCAACAGAGGAUGUUGAGGAACUCGAAGACCGCCUGUCCGUGUACAAGCAUCACCAGAAUAUGCUGGAGAAGAAAUACGAAAUUCUCCGGAAAAUGUACGACGGCCUUGAACGCCGCCUGCAAUCCGAUGACUCCUCUGCUGUGCCGGGCACAGAGGGUGGAGACGAGAUUUAUGAUGAGAACUCCGAGCUCUACGACCCCACUGACAAAGAGACGCAAGGGUUAGACAGCACACCGCUGGCGGACUACAUCAGUGAUUUCAACAACCGUUUCGUAAUCCACAAUGCUCAACUGAAGUGGAACAACGGGCUUCGGAACAUCAUCUUGCGCUACAUUCACCAAGUCAGCCAACGGAGAGGUGUUGUGUAUUACAUGUCACGACGAGCAGUCAAGUUCAUUUUGGACAUUGUGGAGGAACAGAACAAGGUCAAGGAUCAGGCUCCCUUGACACCAGAGCCGAGAUCUCGCGCUGCUUCAACCCCGAUGUCGCCAGAGGGUGACGAUGAAAUGGACAUCAACGAACGCAUCCAGCAACUGCUGAAUGACGGCAAGAAGUUCGUCAACGCGGAAGACCCCGAGCAGCCCGCAACUGAGGGCCAGCAAGGCUCCGCGGACAAGGCAAACGAAGACAUCGGACAAGAGUUCACGGCUCAGAACACGUACCACCUCCGUCUCAUUGCACCACAGAUCCAGCUCCAGAGCGAAAAGAACACCAAGUCGGCGGUCCUGGUCACAGCCAAGGGCAUGCAACUCAAGGUCAUCCAGAUCAUGGACAAGGACAGAGUCACGGACGAUGUCAGUGGUUUGGUCCAACGCCGUUUCUCUGCCGCUAUGGACAGUCUCCAGAUAUUCUUCACGAGCACGCAAACCUUCUCCACCGAGUACCUGCACAUGUAUUCUGGCAACCGUUACGGAUGUACCUCGGGUACUGCUUGGCCGCCGUGGGUGCCAUUCGAGGUCAUGUUCGAGUUCGAUACCAACCCCUACGGCUUCUCUAGGGUCGUACAGAGAACAUCGGCAAGCAUGCGUUACGAUAAGUACAACACGCUUCGUCUCAAGUACAACGAUGACGUGAGUGGCGAGGAGAAUGGUGCUGUGAACAGUCCUGACAGUGCUGAGAGCCGCGUCGACCACAUUUGGAUCGAAUUCCCUCAUGUGCGUGUCGUUUGCGACUCGACGCAGUACUACACCAUGUACAUCAUUGUGCUGGACUUGUUGCUUUACAGUGAACCACUUGAGAAGCAGCGGACCGAGAAAUUGGAGAAGAUUAUGCUUGCUUCGGACUUCAGUAACCUCAACGGCAUCCCAGAGCUGGUUGUCUCGUUGCAGGAAAGGAUCCGUCAAUUGGAGGAGAUCAAGCUGCGCUUCCAGAUCAAUGAACAGUACCUUGACCGCGAAGGCUGGAAGAACCGAAUCGAACUUGAGAAAGUCUUGGCUGAGAAUGAAGAGGAGCUUUUCUUCAUGAUGAAGGCCAUCACGACCUCGCAGCGUAAGACAGAAGACAGGGCAGCAGAGGCCACCCAACCGACUGGCCUGAUCCGAUACUACAUUGCCGCGUCGGACAUUGUCUGGCAUCUUGUGAGGGAGACGAACAAGUCCCUUGCGGAGUUCCAGCUUGGCAACGCCUCGUUCGAUCGUACCGACAAUAGCGACGGCUCCAACGUCAACUCCUUGGAGAUCGAAAGCAUCCGGGGUCUUAACCUCCUGUCGGACGCCGUGUAUCCUGAGAUGAUCUCGCCCUACUUUGGCGAGGCGAGCAGGAACUUCGGCGAGGGCAGGGACACUAAGAUGCUGCGCGUGCACUGGUACAUGCUCGAAGCCAUUGCUGGUAUCCCGGUGAUGGACCACUUUGAGGUCAACCUCUUCCCACUGAAGGUCCAGCUCGAGCUCGAGAUUGGCAAGAAGCUCUUCGAGUACGCCUUCCCUGAAUCUGACUCGAAUGAAUUCGAAAACGCAAACUUCUCGCCCUUCAUGAUGAAGCAGAUGAUGCCGCCCGGCGAAGACGAGGACAACGAGAUCGAGGAAUUUGUCAGCCAACAGAUGUCUCCCGAGGCCCGGUCGCGCCACAGCAUGGAACGGAGGUCGAUUGAUGGCUCGGGCCCUGGUGCCCUGGAGCUACGCCUGCAGCCUACGCUUACCUUGGCGGAUACAAUGGCAGAGGAGAAGAGACCGAAAUCGUCUUCAGCUCUCAGCACAUCGGCUCUCAGCAGACGGCCGACUGGUCUGAUGGGUGGCUCAGGCUCCCAGAUGGAGCUUCCGCAACUGAAGAUGUUCGGUCCUGACAGUAGAGCGGGCACAUCGUUCUUUAAGAGCUUCCACAGCAAGGACAAAGACAAGGACAAGGACAACUCCGACGCACUGACCAUUGCUAGCCGCCCGUCAAGCCGCAGGUCGUCGGCGACAAGGUUGACGGGCGACGACAAACCCAGGCGCUUCGGGCGGCAUAGGGACCCCAGCGCCAGCAGGCACAAGAAGUCCCAAUCGGACGACCUCAACCAGAUGAUGAGUCGCGCGUCUAAUUACAUGACGUUUGCGUACAUCAAGAUCCCGAGCAUGGUGCUCUGCCUCAGCUACAAGGGCAAGGGCCAGCGCAACUUUGAGGACGUGCACGACCUGGUGUUCCGUAUGCCGACGAUGGAGUACCGCAACAAGACGUGGUCGAACCUCGACCUCGCAUUGGCGCUCAAGAAGGACGUGAUACGCGCGCUGAUCUCGCACGCGGGCACCAUCAUCAACAACAAGUUCUCGCAUCACAGGCCGCACAAGCAGGCGGGUAGCCGGCUGAAGCAAAUCGCCAACCCGUCGAUCCUGCUCAACACAUCGGAGUCGAGCGACGGGGCGACAAUCAGCAGCUCGCGCGACCGCAGCCCCGGCGACUACGCCGAGAGCUACUACUCGGAGCCGCGGCGGUCAUUUGCGUCGGGGCGCGACAGCCAGGCCAGCCACCCGGAGUCGUACACGUCGAGCCCGCACUCGACGACGGGUAAGGGCCUGCUGGUCGAGGAGCCGUCGUUCGCGGACGAGCUUUCGCAGGUCGACAUUGACCGCGAGAGCAUCCGGCAGCCUAACUCGCUGCAUCGCGCCAUUACGGCCAUGAGCUACAGGUCGCGGGACCGCGAGCCGGAGCUCGACGAUCCGGAGGAGAGCAACCGCAUGAAGAGCAAGCUGCUCCUAGGCAAGAAAUUCGUCAAGUCGCUCGGCCACAAGUAGACGCCGAUGCAGCCUGCAGCCUGCAGCCUGCUUGCGCGUUAGCGCCGCCGCCGCCGCCGCCAGCCGGGCCCCUCCCUCCUUCCCUUCCUGAAACCUUGCAACGGCCAACGACCUGCGCGUGUGCGUGUACAUAUGGGCACACCUACGUAUGUACUCCGUACUUCGUACCUCGCACCUGCCUCGCCUAGCCGCCCGGGGGAAAAAGCGGGGGCCCAGCGUCCCUGCCGUCCCUGCCGAUCGCGCAUGCAGGCU